AUGGCUGAUCUGCAGGGUCGCAAGGUCUUCAAGGUCUUCAACCAGGACUUCAUCGUGAAUGAGCAGUACAAUGUCACCAAGGAGCUGGGUCAAGGUGCCUACGGUAUCGUGUGCGCCGCAACCAACGUCCAGACCGGCGAAGGCGUCGCCGUGAAGAAGGUCACCAAUGUGUUCAGCAAGAAGAUUCUCGCCAAGCGCGCCCUACGAGAGAUCAAGCUGCUCCAGCACUUCCGCGGCCAUCGCAAUAUUACCUGCCUGUACGAUAUGGAUAUUCCCCGACCGGAUAACUUCAACGAAACCUAUCUCUAUGAGGAGUUGAUGGAGUGUGAUCUGGCGGCGAUUAUCCGAUCGGGCCAGCCCUUGACCGACGCGCAUUUCCAGUCCUUUAUCUACCAGAUCCUGUGCGGUCUGAAGUACAUCCACUCAGCCAACGUGCUGCACCGUGAUCUGAAGCCCGGCAACUUGCUGGUCAACGCCGACUGCGAGCUCAAGAUUUGCGACUUCGGUCUGGCCCGUGGGUUCUCGAUCGACCCCGAGGAGAAUGCCGGUUACAUGACGGAGUAUGUGGCUACCAGGUGGUACCGCGCGCCCGAAAUCAUGUUGAGCUUCCAGAGCUAUACUAAAGCUAUUGAUGUGUGGUCCGUCGGCUGUAUUCUUGCCGAGCUGCUCGGUGGUCGUCCCUUCUUCAAGGGCCGUGACUAUGUCGACCAGCUGAACCAGAUUCUGCACUACCUGGGUACUCCGAACGAGGAGACCCUAGCCCGCAUUGGGUCACCCCGCGCCCAGGAGUAUGUGCGCAACCUGCCGUUCAUGCCCAAGGUUCCCUUCCAGCGGCUGUUCCCCAACGCCAACCCCGACGCGUUGGAUCUGCUGGAUCGCAUGCUGGCAUUUGACCCGUCAGCCCGUAUUUCCGUCGAGGAGGCCCUGGAGCACCCUUAUCUGCACAUCUGGCACGAUGCCUCUGAUGAACCGACCUGCCCGACCACUUUCGACUUCCAUUUCGAGGUCGUUGACGAUGUUCAAGAGAUGCGUAAGAUGAUCUUGGACGAGGUGAUUCGCUUCCGCGCCCUUGUCCGCCAACAAUCGCAGGCCCACGCUACCCAGCAGCAGCAGAUGGCCCAGCAGACCAAUAUCCCCAUCCCCGAAAAUCAACAGGGCCCCUGGAAGACGGAAGAGCCUAAGCCCCAGGAGGCGACUGUCGGCGGCGGGCUGCCGAAUGACCUGGAGUCCUCGCUGCAGCGCGGCAUGGACGCACAUCACUGA